AUGUUUAACGACAGCAGCAAUAUAACGUUUGGAAUGUCGGCAGAGUCGGCAACCAAGGAAGGAGAACCUUUCUCGACCCACACGACCAAACACAAAACAAAAGAAGAAGAAAUAAUCCCCAACUCCGUUUAUGUAAAAAACGAUAGGGUAAACACCAUGGUUUCUCCCAAAAAGCAGAAGAGCGGCACACUACCUGCGCUAUCACUGACUGACGCUGUAAAACAAGGGACAACCAGAGUCUCUAAUGAUUGCCAGAGAAAUUACCAAAGACGAAUUCGAUUAGAUCCAGCGUAUGAAAUUAUAGCCAUAGAAGCAUCAUGCGAUGUUGACUUUGCGUUUAAGAUUACGAUAAUAGAAAGUGGUCUAGAAGAGUUGAUAUGUACAACUGAGGCAGAAAGAGAUGGCGAAGCUAUAGGAAUUAUCAAAAUAUCAUUCAGCUUGAAAGCGCCUUCUAUUCAAAAAGAUUUAUCAUUCACGCCAUUUCACUUUGAUUUCUUCAAUUAUUGGAAGACGACAUCAAGAUGUGAAGAACGUUAUGAAAAUUGUGGGGUUAUUGAAGGACAGAGUCCUAAACAAAUUCUCGAUAUCAAAAAAUUCCUCGCAAUUGCUCAACGGAAAGACGCAAAAUGUACAUACACAACCGCUCGUAUCAAGAAAAAGAAGAAUAGUUCAAGCGUGAAAUUUAAGCUUCGUUGCUCACGUUAUUUAUACACAUUAGUGAUAGAGGAUGCGGAAAAAGCAGAGAAACUUCGUAAAUCUCUUCCACCUGGUCUUACCGUGACAGAUGUAAAACCAAAGAGAGAAUAA